UGAAGUGAUUUUGGUAAAAACACGGACUGCUACGUUGCCCAUAUUUUGAAUAGGAUAAGGCUAGUUUUAUUUAGUUUACUACACCAAAUAUAGAAUCUAGAUCUAGAUUCUAUAAAGAACUGGGAUUUCUCUUGAGUCAGUUGAGUAGUAGAUUAUAGAUCUAGAAGAAAAUGGAAUACAUUCUACCCUUUGUGCCAGAGUCAAUAAAAAGCAUUCCAACACAUAUGGACUUUGAUGGACAAAAAAGGGCAGAAAGAUAUUUUCAGAUAAUUAUUGUUAUAUUUGCAGCUGUUGGUUUUGUUUGGGGAUACAUCACUCAGCAAUUUUCACAAACACUGUACAUAUUAUUUGCUGGUGUUGCAGUUUCAUCCCUGUUAACACUAAUACCUUGGAGUAUGUAUAGACAGAAGCCUCUUAACUGGCAGCCAGUGCGAGAUCAAAAUGGAGCAGGGCCAUUAAGAGGACCCUCACAACCUCAAGCUUCUAAUCCAUCCCAGACAAAGUCCAAAAAAAAGAAACUAAAAGAUUAAAUAACCAAAGUUCAAGAAAAUCAAAAUUUUUUCUCUUGAUUGCUGUUUUCAUGUUUUAAUUUGAAAUUGCUGUCACAAAGAGGUUUUGGGCUAAACUGUGAAUGCUCAUACAAAAACAUUAACUGAUUACUGUUGAUGUUGUAAGCAAUGUGUUAGAUGAAAAAUUUAUUUAACUUAACAUUUUCAAAAAACUUAACAUUUUCAAAAUAAUACAACAAACACUUAGCAUAAACUUUUAAGAAUUUUGUUUAUAUUUGGAGUUUUUUUUUUUUUUAACUUAAAAGGUAUUUAUAUUAUACUUCCAUCUUAAAGUUAGAAUUUUAUUGACUUGAUUAAAAUUAAUAUAUAUCAAUCAGACUAUAUUUUUAUUAUUAAAAAUUGAAAAAUGCUACACAUAUACAUUUUUAGUAUUGUAUUAUUUAUAUUUGAGAUCUAGUGCAUGUGCUUAUGUGCGUUCACAUAAAAUGAUUAAAAGUUUCUGAAUAAAUGGUGUGCUAGAAAAUUGCUGUGAAUUUCAUCUUGAUUCUUUUAGUAGAGAUAAAACUUGCUUAAACAAUAUUUUUCUGAUUGCAAAUCAUAGCUUGACUUACACAGUUAAAUAAGUGUUAGUAUGAGUAUUUUAAAUUUCAAAUAAUUUUUUUUAAUUGUUAUAGGAUUGCAUUUAAUUUUACAUUACCUUCUGCAUCUAUUAUCAAAUAUUAAUUUCAUUCUUGAGAUUUAAAACAUUUGAAACUUUUCAAAUGGUAAGAUUACAUUUUAUUUAUUUGUUGGUUUUGGCUUUGAAAAUGCUUUUGUGUUGUUAUAAAACAUCAUAAUAAACAUUGUCAACUUUC